AGUACUCACUGAAGGCACAGCACAGAGAGAUUUCCUCAUGUGAUGUUGAACCUAUAACAUUACAGCUCAGUUGCUUUUAGGUUGAGAAGAAAGUUCAUGUGUUUUAGACUAACACUACAGAUUCAGAGAAGUUAAGCUAAGUGCCUUUUAAAAACAAUAUUUAGGUAGCUGGGAUAUUUCUUGGAUUUGAUUGGAUUACUUUACGUCUUUCCUGAGGGGCUAUGAAAGCUGACAGUAGUAUGGCUGCUAUCUUAUGGGCGAUGGGUGUCUCUCUGCUCAUGCACAGCUGUUUGUGCAGUGUUGAGCAGACUGACAGAGGUUGCAUGAAAUGGACACCAAAAGGAGCGAAUGUUUGCUGUGAAGCCUGUUAUCCUGGACACCGCCUGGUCAAAGAGUGCGGCCUAGACCCCAAAGAUCUUUGUACUCCUUGUGAGCCUGGGAUGUUUACAGUGAACCCUAAACAUUACAGGUGUGACACGUGUUCACAGUGUGUAGGUGCCCAAGUCUACAUGAAACCGUGCACUGCCACAACUGACACACAGUGUGGCUGUAAAGAAGGACUUACCUGUGGUGAUGCCAGAUGUUCCUUUUGUGUUAAAACAUGCAACAAAGGUCAGGAGCCUGCAGAGAAACGUUCUUGCAGAACGUGUCCUGAUGGAACCUUCAAUGGCCAAAGUCACCAGAUGUGUAAACCCUGGAGCACCAAGUGUCCUAAUCCAGAUCAGAAGAUUGUGUCCACAGGAGAUGCAUUUACUGACAUUAGGUGUGAGAAUGUUUCAAUCGGUGCAGCGAGCAGGCCAGAGAAACCUGAUCCCACAGCGGCGGCAUGGCCGUUGUUUAUGGGCCUCAGCGUAGUUCUGAUUGCUUUUGGUAUCAUCAUCCUCACCAUAAUCUUCAGCAUUCAAGCCAAGAAAAAAAAGAUGUGUAUUGUUGCCAAGAACAUCUGGCUGAAGAGAAAGGAAGACGAGAAAGAGCCAAUCCCUCAAACGCUGAUAAUCAGAACCCCCACAGAUGAUCCCAGGACAUUAAUAGCAGUCGAGUGCAGUUUCCACGAAGCCCAGCAAGAACAAGGCAGCAGCUCGCUGGACUCCAGGGACUCCUCAGAGCAGCUCAUUGCAUGAAUCAAAAUGGGAUUAUAGUGUCCUUGUUUGCAACGAUGAGCCACAAGUUUGGAGGUUAUAUUUUUGUGGCUCAAAGUGAAAGAAACAAAAGCACCAGGAUAUGUAAGAUUAGACGCACCAUAUUUCCUCUGCAAUUACAGCAGGAUAUAAUUAGUUAUCUUUCGAUGACACUGUAAAUAUACACAGCGGUGGAAGGGGAAUUCUGAGGGGGAAAAACUCAAUCGUUUUACAACAGUCUAUUCAUCAUGUAAAUUACAGCUGACAGGGAGGCUGCGUUUUUCUCUUUCAGUUAAGCUUGAAAGAUACGGCAAUCCUUAGAUAGCUGUGGAAGGUUUUUUAAUUAUUGGAUUUAGUUUGCCACCAGAUGAUUGUAAAACCAAAGCCUUUAGAAACCACUAGAAAUAUAUAUAUUUUUUUAAACUUGGACUUGUGCCAAUGGACUGUGAAAGAACUACUGUAGUGUCUGAAUGAGUUUCACUACUUUAAAUAUUUACAUGUAUGAGCGGUAAAGUGUGAGAAUGUACAGUGCAGGUGGGUGUAAAAGUCUCACAGCAGUUUUAGCCCACACACACAUACACACACACACACAAACCUCCAACAAUAGAUGUUUCUGUUUUACUCAGUCAACCUAGUUAUCUUCUGUUUACUGUUGAAUUUGUACAUUUCUAACUCGGAUUAUGUUGCAGCUGCCAAACUAGAACAAAGCUACGUCAAUCGUGGUGUCAGGAGAUAAGUGUUACUUUUAGAUUA